CUGUAGACUGUCUGACUGUAGACAAUACAGACCGAAUCAAGAACACAUCAAAUAAACACAAUGUAUCUUUUUCCUGAAGUAUGCCUCAAAUGUGAAUUGAUUUUUAAAGUGACUUUUUGUCUUUUUGUGACUUUUUAUUACUUUUUGUGAAAUAUUAUAUUACAACUUUUUUAUGACUUUUUACGACUUUUUAUGACUUUUUGUGACUUUAAGACUUUUUAUGAUUUUUAUGACAUACUACACUGCACAUUACUUCAGUCUUUAUAGUAUCCAUUGCAAGCUCUCACAUCUUUAGAUUUACACAAUUUCAUAAGUGAAUGAAAUGAUAACAGAAGAAGCUGAAUAAAUGAGCUUUGAAAGAGAAUAUUAAACCAGAAUCAUUGUAAUUGCAGACGAGCAGCAGCCGGAUUCAAAGAGCUCUCACAGACUUAGUCUCCAGGCAAACCGUCCUCUCUUCUUUUGUUCUCUCUUCCACUCAGACCAUCUCUCAGUAUUGAUCUCCUUUAUUCACCUUUCUCCUCCAUCCUUUCAUCUCACCACUCCUCUCAUCUUUUAUUCCUGAAUACCUCUCACAGUCCGUCCUGUCUCACACACAUUAUUCCUACUUCUGUUUACAUCAGCACAAGGUGACACACCAUAGAGAGAUGAAUGUAUCCUAUGUAUUCUACUCUAUGAACAUUAUGACAUCUUUACUGUCGUCUGCAGCUCCAGACUGAUGAUCGGCUUCUUCGUCACCUUCCUCGUCAUCCUGACGGCGGUCAUGUUCGUCUCCACCGUGUACUGCUGUUUUGGGCUGUUCCCCGUCGCUCUGCAGACUCUCUCUAAGAGGAUCGUCCAGUCCAGACUGAACAGCACCCUGGUGGGCGUCUUCACCAUCAUCCUCGUGUUUCUCUCUGCUUUCAUCAACAUUUUCACCUGCAGCAGCCUGGACCUGCGGAGCUGCAUCAGGGCGGAGCUUAACGUCAGUCUGCCCGAUGCAUGCCACGCCCACUUCCUCAACUACAGCCUGGACACACAGCUGAGCCCGUAUGGAGACGACUCCCUCAUGUGCAGCCUACCUGAGUACUUCUCGUCCUGCGUGCUGCUCAGUCUGCUGGCCUGCUCCGUCUUCCUGCAGAUCAGCAGCAUCGGGAAACUCUUCCUCAUGCUCUUCAUCGAGCUGCUCUACGUCCUCAUCAUGGAGGUGCCCAAAGUCAACCUCUUCGACAACCAGGACCUGCUGGUGACGGCCAACGCCAUCGACGAUAGCGAGCACACGAAUGGAACAAGCUGUGUGGUGGACUCUAAGGUUCCUCUGAAGAUCGUGACCCCGGUGGUCAUCACCGUCUUCGUGCUCGCGCUCUACCUUCACGCCCAGCAGGUGGAGUCCACGGCCAGACUCGACUUCCUCUGGAAGCUGCAGGUCAGUGUGUGCACCAGCUUGGCUUUUUGCACCCAGUGAACAGGAAGUGACCAUAUCUGGACUGAGGAG